AUGUCCGCUACAAACUCAUCUAGACACUUUCAAGUGCUCCUGCGUCGUGUCAGGAAGUCUGCUUUGGCUCUUCCAUCAAUUUCUCAUACGCUUCAAGCGGUAUCAUGCUACAGCACCCGACAAGCUCCCGCUGCAGCAGCCCUCAGCACUUCUGCCCUAACCCGCAACCUAGAGCAAUCGCCGCUAGGAAGUACCAGUGAGCCCAGUGCUCUUCUUCAUCCGAUUCUAAAGACAGCGCCGCUUAAAGUUGUGGCGGCCAAGGGUACAACUGUGACGUUCUCCAAUGGCAAAAAGAUGGAGGAUACGACUUGUGGUGCAGCAGUAGCCUGCAUUGGCUACGAUAAUGAGAGGGUUAAAACUUCCAUGAUUAAGCAAAUGGAUAAAUUUUCUUAUUCAAAUUCAAUGUUUUAUGGGCAUCAAGUUGGUGAAGAACUGGCUGCGGAGCUCAUCAGGGGGACUAACGGGGAGAUGUCAAAGGUAUACCUGAUGUGCUCUGGAGCUGAAGCCAUGGAGGCAGCCAUGAAGAUGGCAAGACAGUAUUACAUGGAGCUGAACCCAAAACAGCCCCAGCGUACGAACUUCAUAGCGCGCGAAGGGUCUUUCCACGGCGCAACUCUUGGGUCGCUUUCGAUGAGUGGUCAUGUCGGACGGCGGAAGCUCUUUGAGGGCAUGCUGUUCGACAACAUUCACCGUGUCUCGGCCGCCAACGAGUAUCGUGGAAAGGCUGAUGGCCAGACAACGGAGGAUUACGUGCAGCAAUUGGCAGAUGAGCUGGAUCUAAAGUUCCAGGAGAUUGGACCUGAUACUGUUUGUGCAUUUGUUGCUGAGCCUGUUGUUGGGGCGACACUUGGCACAGUCUCUGCGCCUGCUGGCUAUUUCAAAGCUAUGAAGAAAAUAUGCGAAAAGUACGGGGCGCUUCUCAUUCUGGACGAGGUCAUGUGCGGGAUGGGUCGUUGUGGAUCACUUCAUGAGUGGGAGCAAGAGGGCGUCGUCCCAGAUAUUCAGACCGUUGCCAAAGGUCUAGCAGGUGGUUUCGCACCAAUGGCUGCCAUGUUUAUCAACCAUCGUGUGACAGAUGCGUUGAUAGCUGGAACUGGCGUUUUUGCACACGCACAUACUUAUCAAGGACACCCCGUGGGAUGUGCUGCUGCACUAGAAGUUCAGCGAAUCGUAAGAGAAGACAAUCUCGUCGAGAAUGUCCGCGAGAACGGCGAAUAUCUGGGCAAGCUUCUACAUGAGCAACUGGAUGAUCACCCCUACGUUGGUAAUGUUAGAGGCAGAGGCUUCUUCUGGUCGCUGGAAUUUGUGGCCUGUAAGAAGACGAAAGAGCCGUUCCCGCCAUCGACAGGAAUAUCGAAGAAAGUUCAUUUAACAGCGUUCGACGAUGUAGGCAUCAGCUUCUACCCGGGAAUGGGUACCAAGGACGGUGUGACUGGAGAUCACGCAUGGAUAGCACCUGCUUACACGAGCACAAAGUAUGACAUUGAGAGGAUAGUUUCCAAGGUCAAAGAGUCGGUAAUCCUAGCCCUCGGGUAG